CACAGCACGAACUCAUCUAGACGUAUCUGAAGAAAAUAAGAGCUGUAGCGCGGAGAUGGCGAUACCCAUGGCUCGGUUCCACUUGCAGCUUCUCCAUUCAUUUCCUUUUCCAAUAAAAACACCACGCUUUCGAUUCACUCAUCAAUUCAAUUUCAAUCACAAUCGCAAGCUCUGUUCCUCUCUCGCUCCGCGCGCAAGCUCCCAGGUUAAUUGUUCGAUAGUAGGUGGCUUACUGGAUUAUCUCAACGAGUCAUGGACUCAGUUUCAUGCUACAGCUGAAGCUAAAGAACAGUUAAUCGCUGCUGGAUUUCAAUUGCUAAGUGAGAAUGAGGAAUGGGACCUGCAGCCUGGUGGCCGCUAUUUCUUCACAAGGAACAUGUCUAGUUUGGUUGCUUUUGCUAUUGGGGAAAAGUAUUCUGUUGGUAAUGGUUUUCAUGUGAUUGCUGCCCACACCGAUAGCCCAUGUCUGAAAUUGAAGCCAAAGUCAGCAUCAUCCAAGUCUGGAUAUUUGAUGCUCAAUGUGCAAACAUAUGGUGGAGGUUUGUGGCACACUUGGUUUGACAGGGACUUAAGUUUAGCCGGAAGGGUCAUAGUAAGACAUAAUGAUGGGACCUUUUUGCACAAGCUUGUCAAAGUGAAGAGGCCUCUUUUACGAGUACCUACUUUGGCUAUUCAUCUUGACCGCACAGUAAAUAAAGAUGGUUUCAAGCCGAAUUUAGAGACUCAGCUUAUCCCUCUACUAGCAACAAGACACGAGGAUGCAACUGCUGAUCACAAAGGGAAAAAUUCUGAAUUGUCUUCAAAAGAUGCUCAUCAUCCACUGCUUAUGCAGAUCUUGUCAGACGAAGUUGGCUGUAAGAUUGAUGACAUAGUGAGUAUUGAACUGAAUGUCUGUGAUACCCAACCAAGCUGCCUUGGAGGUGGCAAUAAUGAGUUUAUAUUUUCUGGACGAUUAGAUAAUCUGGCAUCAAGUUAUUGUGCUUUAAGAGCCCUUAUUGAUUCCUGUCAAUCACCGGAAGACCUAUCAAACGAACACGCAAUUCGAAUGGUCGCUCUUUUUGAUAAUGAAGAGGUAGGUUCCGAUUCAGCCCAGGGAGCAGGUGCGCCAACCAUGUUUCAGGCCAUGCGAAGGAUAGUUGAUUCUUUAGUUCAUAACUAUGUUGGAGAAAGUGUGUACGAGCGUUCCAUUCGCCAGUCAUUUCUUGUAUCUGCUGACAUGGCACACGGUGUCCACCCAAAUUUUUCGGACAAGCAUGAAGAACAUCAUCGACCAGAAAUAGGAAAGGGGCUUGUUAUAAAGCACAAUGCCAAUCAGCGCUAUGCUACAAGUGGCGUUACAGCUUUUCUCUUUAAAGAAGUUGGCAAAAUUAAUAACAUUCCGACACAGGAGUUUGUGGUCAGAAAUGAUAUGGGAUGUGGCUCUACUAUAGGUCCCAUACUUGCUUCAGGGAUCGGAAUACGUACUGUUGAUUGUGGAAUUUCUCAGCUAUCUAUGCAUAGUGUACGGGAGAUAUGCGGGAAGGAUGAUGUUGACACUGCUUAUAAGCAUUUUAAAGCAUUUUAUCAGAAUUUUUCAGACAUUGAUAAGAAGCUAUGUGUAGAUUGAUAACUACUUUUGAGUACAAAUAUUUACUCUAAAUCUUAAACGAGUGCCCAAGAAUAAAGAUAACGUUUAUGUUUAUUCAUUCA